AUGGAGAAAUAUUCAAGAUCCAAUUCCAGCAGAGAGGGUGUGGUGCAGCCAAGCAGCAUGAAUGGCCUGAGGAGUUACAGUGUCUCAGUAACUCAAGCUCCAAGGUUUGAUCACCUCAACAAUAAUUUGAAGAAAAGCAAAACCACCAAAAUUAAUGAUACAAAGAAUUGGAAUUUUGGUGUGGAUCAUCCUGAGCUGCAGAGGAAGAAGAGAGUUGCUUGCUACAAAGCUUACACAGUGGAGGGGAAGAUGAAGGGCUCUGUGAGGAAGAGUUUUAGAUGGAUUAAAGAUACUUGCAACCAAUUUGUUCAUGGAAUUUGGUGA